GUUCGAAGGAACCCAGCACCAGCGCCUGGGUUCGUCGAACCCAGGCGUCCUGGGUUCGAUCGAACCCAGGCGUCCUGGGUUCCAUCGAACCCAGGCGUCCUGGGUUCCAUCGAACCCAGGCGUCCUGGGUUUGACGACCCAUGCCUGGGUUCUUCGAACCAUCAAAUCUUCUACAAAACCACCAAAUUCAAACUACAAAAAACACUAAUAUGGAAAAAACACAUUGCUUUGCACCACCAAAUUCAGAACAAAACCACCAAAUUCAGAACAAAACCACCAAAUUCAGAACAAAACCACCAAAUUCAUCUCUAACCCGCACAUCGAUUCCUCGUAGAAAGGACUUCAUCUCUAACCCGCGCUUGGGUUCCAUCGAACCCAGGACGCUUGGGUUUGACGAACCCGCGCCUGGGUUCCUCGAACCCAGGCGUGCUGGGCUCGAAGGAACCCAGGACGCCUGGGUUCCAUCGAACCCAGGCGUCCUGGGUUCGACGACCCACGCCUGGGUUCCUCGAACCCAGACGUGCUGGGCUCGAAGGAACCCAGGACGCCUGGGUUCGAUGGAACCCAGGCGCGGGUUAGAGAUGAAGUUCUUUCUACGAGGAAUCGAUGUGCGGGUUAGAGAUGAAUUUGGUGGUUUUGUUCUGAAUUUGGUGGUGCAAAGCAAUGUGUUUUUUCCAUAUUAGUGUUUUUUGUAGCUUGAAUUUGGUGGUUUUGUAGAAGAUUUGAUGGUUCGAAGCCUCGGGAUUUGAAUUUAGUUUGGAUGGAAUGAAUUUUUGUUGUUUGGUUCAUAGGAAAGCGAAGGAAAAUUGAGUGGAAAAUGCCUGUAAAAUUUUAUUACUGAUGUGGAAAUGGAAAAAUGCCACGGUGGCGAAAAAGAUAUUGUUUUAUUUUACAGGUCAUUAAGAUUUUCAACCAAAAUUGAUUUCGUGGCAACUUAACGUGCCAUCUGGCACUUCCGUCGACGGAAGGACUAAAAUGGUUCCAAAAAUUGAAGUUUAAGGAUUUUUUUAGUACGUUUUUUAGUUCGAGGGUAUUUUUAGUCCAAAAAUGAAAGUUCAAGGACUGA